AUGAAGUCUUACACAGCUCAUCUUGCGGGCAUUGUGCUCGUCGCACAUUCCAUCUUCCCUGCCAUGGCACGCAUCAAUGUAUCUCACUCAUCGACCAUGGCUCCAUCGUUUUUGGUCAGCGAAAGUGACAUCGAGCGUGUUGACAGAAUGGCAGGAGUCGUCUUGGCCGAAAUGAGCAACCUCCACGAUGAUGUCAUCGACGCUGUGGCACAGAGAAUGCUGAGCUUUUUGGAGACGCAGGGAUUAAAUUACGAAGAUCCGGAACACAUCAACACCAUCAUAUCUCUCAUGGAAACUGUGAACGAAACCCAGCCUGGACAGAAAAAGGGUUCCAAAUUCCUUGACGAGCUCAAGCAGAUGGCGAUCAAAGCGUGGCACACUACCAAGAAAGCAGCGGCCAGCACUGUCAAAGAGUUGCUCCUGAGGUGCAUCAAGGAAUUCUUGAAGGUCGGCGUCAGACAAGCACUGCCUCCAUUGGCUAAGAUUAACGAAAAGGCCAUGUUGGCGCUGCCGCUCAACAUCAGGGUAGCACUCUCACCGAUCGCUUACAACAUGUGGCUCAACCUCUUCAGAAGGGCGAAACUUGCGAUACCCGCUGACUUCAAAAUCGAGAGCUUCGUAUGCAAAAACAACAGCAAAGAAAAGUGCGAUGAAAUCAUUAAACAAGUGAAGGACUCGUUGUCACAGAUGAAUAAAAAGCCUGUGAAAGAAAUAGAUGACAUAGAAACGGGAGAUGACAAUGACACGUUUGACUUCGAUGAGGAGGAUAAACGUGCAAAACCUGCGAAAAGGAAAUCCGAGAAGAAUCUUUAA